AUGGAGUGCGGGAUAAAAACCUUACCCUCGAUUCUGAUAACGGCAGGAACUCUUUUGAGUACCUCUUUGGCUGCACCUACGCCGCAGUUGUUGACCUGGGAUGAAGCUUACAUCAAGGCAGAGGCGCUUGUUAGCCAAAUGUCACUCGAGCAAAUGGUUAAUAUCACAACAGGCACGAAAUGGCGAAGAACACCGUGUAUCGGAAAUACCUAUAGCGUCAGUGAACCUGAUUUCCCGGCCUUGUGUCUUCAAGAUGGUCCUCUGGGUAUUCGCCAUGCUGACAAUGUCACUGCAGGUGUCGCAGGUGUAACUGCUGCCUCUUCUUGGGACAAGCAGGCUAUUCGCGAGCGUGGCAGGUACAUGGGUCGCGAAUUCCGUGGCAAAGGUAUCCAUGUGCAAUUGGGUCCUUCCGUUGAUAUUGUGCGUGCUCCUGAUGCCGGACGCAACUGGGAAGGAUUCGGUGAGGAUCCAUAUCUCCAGGGCGUUGCCGGUGCAGAAACAGUAUUGGGUAUCCAAGAAGAAGGAGUGGUUGCUACGGCCAAGCACUAUGUCUUUAAUAACCAAGAAACAAACCGCAAGGCUUCUACCUCGAACGUUGACGAGCGUACGUUCCAUGAAAUUUACCUCUGGCCCUAUGCUCGCAUGGUUGAAGCUGGCGUCGGUUCAGUAAUGUGCAGCUACAACAUGAUUGAUGAUAUAUGGGGUUGUGAAAACGACUAUACCAUGAACACCGUUUUGAAGGGUGAAUUAGGCUUCAGAGGCUACAUUAUGUCGGAUUGGGGUGCUACUCACUCUACUGUGCUGUCUGUUAAUUCCGGUCUGGAUAUGACCAUGCCUGGUGACAUUAUUAUGGGUGACGACUAUACUUACUUUGGCUCAAAUUUGACGGAUGCCGUCGAUAGAGGCGAAGUUACUGCGGAACGUGUGGCAGACAUGACAACUCGUAUUGUGGCUACUUACUACAAGAUGGGUCAAGACAAGGAUUUCCCCGAAACAGCAGUCAACUUUGUGAACCGUACAAUGGCCCUCGAAGUUUUUGUUCAAGCCGACCACCACAAGCAUGUGCGCUCAAUGGGUGCUGCAGGCACAGUACUUCUUAAGAACGAUGGCGUAUUGCCCUUGUCGAUUGACUCUAUCGAUACGUUGGCACUCAUCGGUAGUGAUGCCAGUGAUGAUCCAAAUGGUCCCAACUCUUGCGUGAGCCGUGGCUGCAGCAAUGGCACUCUGGCUAUGGGCUGGGGAUCAGGAACGGCCGACUUCCCCUAUUUGAUUACACCCCACCAAGGAAUCGAGGCCCACGUCGGUGAUGAUGUGGAGCUAACAUACACAUUCUGGGAUUGGGAUGUGGAAGAAGCUGCCGAAAUUGCGCGACAAGCAGAUAUUGCUCUGGUUUUCUCCAAUGCCGACUCUGGUGAAGAGCAUAUCAUUGUCGAUGGCAAUGUUGGUGACCGUAACAACCUUUCCUUGUGGCACAAUGGUGACGCUCUGAUUGAAGCAGCAGCAGAAGCAAACGAAAAUGUUGUAGUUAUCAUCCAUGCUGUUAGCCCAGUCCUCAUGCCAUGGAUCGAUAACCCGCAUGUUCGGGCUGUUGUCUGGUCUGGAAUACCUGGUCAAGAAUCCGGCAACUCGCUUGUCGAUAUUCUAUUUGGUGCAGUCAAUCCAUCUGGUCGUCUCCCAUACACUAUUGCGCGCAAUGAAGAAGACUACGGUGUUCUUGUUGUCAAUGAGACUGUGAUUGAAUAUACGGAAAAACUCGAAUUAGGCUACAAACACUUUGAUGCCCAUGACAUCGAGCCGCUGUUUGAAUUCGGGUUCGGAUUGUCGUACACUACAUUCGAAUACAGCGAGGUGGAGGUUGACACUGAGGGCGAGGGCGACGACAUCAAGGUCACCGCUACCGUGGAAGUGACUAACUCAGGAGAUGUCGAUGGUGCCGAGAUCCCACAAGCGUAUAUCUCAUUCCCCGAGUCUGCUGGAGAACCACCCAAACACUUGCGUGGGUUUGAAAAGGUCUACCUCAAGGCUGGCAAGAAGAGCAAGGUUACAUUUGAGUUCGGUAAAACUGAGCUUAGUAUCUGGGAUUCGGAUUCGCACGAAUGGGUCAUUCCCUCGGGUGAAUUCACAGUUCACGUUGGUGCAAGCAGCCGCGACAUUCGCGACUCUGUGUCCUUUACUGUAGAGUAA